AUGCGGGUGGGUAUUAUGUCAUAUCGGUACGCUCUUUUAGUUUCCGCCCGCCGAUUUUCUAGUUCGGCCAUUCGCUACUCCACGAAUUUCUCGAUUCAUAAGGGGAGGAAGACUACGGCUGCUGCUGUUGAGACACAGUAUGGCAGCAAUUGGGGAGACGCAAAGCCCCAGAAUGGAGGGAAGUUCGCGCUAGCACAAUUCCCCAAUCCUCUGGACGGACCGCAGCCAGGAUAUAAGACAGAAGCAGAGAGAGAAGACCAAUUCUACCAGGUUAUUCAGAAUGCACAGCCUGACCAAGUCAUGGACGCGAUGCGGGACCCUCGCUAUGCUGGGAUGGUCGCAUCAAUGCCCCAGAAUAUAUUCGUUAAUGCCCUACACCUUCUAUCGCCGGGCUAUUUCAUAGAUCCAUAUCGUGAAAUACACCGACCACUUCAUCCAUCAACAGUACAAACGAAGGGGUACAAGUCACUGGUGUCUAUUUUUGAUGAGUUUGUGAACAACAUUGCGGCAAUCGUGCAGCUUCGUCAAUCGGCCGGACACCACCUGGAUCUAGCUGAAUACACUUAUUUACUGGGCUGCGCGCGGGCAAUUGGUGAUGGGGUAAUGGCAAACAGAAUCUGGUACGGCAUGAAGGAAAACGAAGUGGAUCCGGAUGUGCAAUGCUACAACUAUUACAUGGAAGCCAAGGCUUGGGACGGCGCGUACACUGGUCGGGAAAAGUACAAUUUGCGAGUGACCCCAUUUGCUUAUCGCAAGCGAAGGUUCGUCGAUCCUAAUGAAGGCUGGCAGGGCUACGGGACUGCUGGUCGGAGUGUCCGCAAAGAGGUACUGGAUAUUCUCAACGAGAUGACGGAGGCAGGACACCAAGGGGACGAAGCAACCUUUGUGAAUGUGAUUCUGGCUUGCGGCCGAGUAGGGCAUUUGAGAGGCAUCAAAAAUGUGCUCAAGACGGCGUGGAACAUCGAUGUCGAUGCGCUGUUGGCGGAAUCAGACAAGUCCAAUCUUCUUUUGGCCACGACGUAUGAUCCCUCAUCACCUUUGCACCCUAGCAGCCGCCUUCUCUUCGCAGUUGCGCAUGCACUCGUCCCGGAAAAGGUGUGGCUCGAGCUGUUCGAGCGGGCUUUCGUGCUGUCCCGUCCACGAUUUGGCCCUGAUGCAAGGCGCAACGCAAAGGGCAAGAUCCCCUACGAUUUUUUAAAUGGCAUGUACCAUACCAUGAUCUCAGCACCGUACAAUGUCCGCCCAACAAUCCAAAUCCACCACAUGCUCGCCAAAACAGCCUGGGACCGAGAUCGGCUCUCCGAGUUCCUGCAGCACGUGCGCGCCGCGUACAAUGUUUUAGUCGAGACACGACAAAUGCGAAAGAAAGCUCGAUACAUAAUCGAAGAAUACCUAUGCGCAUUACACACCCAUACCAACCCACAACAGCGAAACGAGAUCAUCAACUCCCCAUCCCUCGCAGACGCAGUACACAACUACGACAUCCUCCGCCUCCGCGCCGCCCAACAGACCAUGAUCAUGGAACGACUUGCUCGUCUCCUCAUUAUAAACAACCGCUGGACAGGCCGCAACAAUCCAGUCUGGGAACGAUGCCUUCUCCCCCGCGCAGUUGAAGAGUGGCAGGAUUUUCUACCUGAAUCAUUCAAUUAUCCUACCAGUGGGGGACUGGUGCAGUUUCGUGGAAAGACACGCUGGGGUGAGGCUUAUGUCAACUAUCAUGAUAGGGUUCCUAUGCGGCGACGGACUGCUGGCGGUCCUUGUGCAGACGAACAGGUAGAUGGGGAAGAGCCGCGUGAGAUUGAUGAUGAUUUCUUCUGGGAACGGUGUCGAUGGGCGUUUUCGUCGGUUGAUUUUGAUAGUCCCCCAUUGAGUCGGUUGUUUUGGGGAUGUGGUGCUCCGAGGUUUGAGAAUGCUGGCGCUGGUGAUGCAAAGUGA